UUUGCACCACCAGCAUCAUCGCCGGCGGACUCGUUCUCCGUCUCCGACGAAUCUCCGACGAAUCGUACGGCCAUCAAAUUCCUUCCUCAUUACACAAUUGACACCAUAAUCCUGCCGGAUACGGCGAUCGGACGGAGGAAUAUGAUGAUUUCUGAACCAAACGGUAUAAACUCCGGCGUCGCCAUGGAACCUUCUGAGAUCAUGCUGUUUGGAGUUAGAGUCAAGGUAGAUCCAUUGAGAAAGAGUGUAAGUCUGAAUAAUCUUUCUGAAUACGAGCAUUUGAAGACGCUUGAAUCUUCCAAAGCUGUCGUCGUCACUGAUGUGGCGUCAGGUAACGUUUCCGCUGAUGAAUCCGUCCAUCGUCCGCAUAAGCGAGGUGUCCAAUGGACAGAGGAAGAACACAAGCUAUUUAUUUUGGGAUUACAGAAAGUAGGGAAAGGAGAUUGGAGAGGAAUCUCAAAGAAUUUUGUGAAAACUCGAACAGCAACACAAGUAGCUAGCCAUGCUCAGAAGUAUUUUCUUCGUCAUAGCAACAACAACAACAUCAUGAACAGGCGAAGGAGGAGAUCAAGCCUCUUCGACAUCACAACUGAAUCUGUUCAGCCUAUAGCUAUGGAAGAAGAAGCAUAUAACAAUCAUGGACAUCAACCCAUGUUCUACCCAUUGCAGACUCCAAUUGGAAGAAGUGUUGCAUUUCAAAAGGAUGAUGAAAUGAAGAAUGUGUUUCCAAUUCCAAGGACUAUUCCACCAAGAGAUCUUGAUUUAAACAUGCCAUUAUUGUCUCUGGGCAUGUCUUUUACAUCUGAUCAGAACCAGUUGAUGAGGCAUUCAGCAUUCCCAGUUCUAGCCUCAGAUAUAAUAAGGGUUACUUGAGGUGACAUGAUCGAUCAAACUCUAAGUUUAAUUUAAAGGUAAAAUCAUUAAUCAUUAUGAUUAGUUGAAGACUAUAAUCAUACCUGUUUUCUUCUUCUUCCUUCUUCUUCUUUUUCUUGAUUGGAAAAUUGAAGUUCUCUUUACAUACUUGGUUUUAGCAAAUGUUCUUGCUUAUGAGUAACCAAAUGAACCCAUGUGGAAAGUUUUG